AUGGAAUGCAAGUUCAUGAAACCUGGGCCAGAAGGUCUAGUGGCCUUUGUGGGACUUCUAACCUCUUCAUUUACAAACUCUCUGGUACUGCAGUACAUCACAUACGGUCUUCUGUUUGGCUGCGGAAGCUCGUUCACACUCCAGCCCUCCCUGGUGAUCCUGGGGCACUACUUCCAUCGGCGCCUGGGCCUGGCCAACGGGCUGGUCACCGCAGGCAGCAGUCUCUUCUCCGUGGGGAUGCCUGCUCUCCUGGAGGAGGUGGUGGCGCCGCUGGGUUUAAGCAGAACCUUUCAGAUCCUCAGUGCACUCAUGCUGGUCCAAGUAGCGCUGGUAUCUGUCACGUUCCGUCCACGGCUUACAUCUUGUAACCAUGACAACGAAGACUCCAUGACGCCAUCCACCAAUCAGAUAGUAGGAAGUUGCUGUCGGAGGUUUCGGACCCGAGCAAAGCAGUUCAUUGGCGUGGGGGUUUUCCAUGUCUCUUCCUUCAGGGUCUGGGCCUUUAGUAUUGCUACAGCGGUGUUGGGCUAUUUUGUACCCUAUGUCCAUCUGAUGUCGUUUGUGGAGGAGCAGUUCUCGGAACACACUGGCAAUGAAUGGGUUGUGCUGGUGUCAAUUGGCGUAAGCUCUGGGAUCGGGCGUCUUACCUUUGGCAGUAUGGGUGAUCUGAUUCAAGGUGUCAACAAAAUCUACCUGCAGGCUGGCUCCUUCAUGCUGCUUGGCCUGGCCACCAUACUGAUGCCCCAGUGUGUAGCGUUUGAGGCGCUGGUAGCCAUCUGUGGGCUCCUGGGGCUGUGCGAUGGCUGUUUCAUUUCUCUCAUGGCCCCUGUCGCCUUCACGCUGGUGGGGCCCCAGCGCGCCUCCCAGGCCAUCGGCUACCUGCUGGGGCUUAUGGCGCUGCCCAUGACCGCUGGGCCUCCACUUGCAGGGCUUCUCCAUGACCACUACGGAGAUUAUCACCUGGCUUUUUAUUUGGCUGGCAUUCCACCUGUGGUAGGAGGUCUUCUACUCUGUCUUGUCCCACGUAUGACUCAUCAAACUCCGGUAAACCAGGCCCAGGAAGCUCCCGAACUACCAGAUGCUGGAGAUGAGAGCAGGCCUAAUCAGUCUAAGAGUGAAGCUGGCAAAGACUCGAUGGCUGUAACACAGGCUGAGGACACACAUCUGUGAAUGUGUAUGAGUUACAGUACUCUGAGGCCGUAGUCACCAUAGACAUUGGGGGGAGGGAGGGACUUAUUCAUGCAUUCAUCUCCAAUAGGAUUGAUUACUGAAAUGGACUUUUUGCAGUACAACUUACAGACCCCUCAGGUCUCAGGAGAAAUAUUGUUAGAACUAAACAUGGUGAAGCAGCUUUCAGUUGCUAUGCAGUUCAGCUCUGGAACCAACUUUCUGAUGAGAUCAAAGUUGCCCCGUAGUCAGUUUUGAAUCUAGACUUGAGACCAAACUUUUCUCAAAUGCUUUCUGCUAACUGAUCAAGAUGUUCAUUGCCCAGUUCACAGAGCACUGUUUGGGGGAGUAGGCUACUAUUGUUCCUUGUAGUAUUAUUGCUGUCCUUAGUUGGGCAAAGGGAGGUUCUGUGAAAUAUUUUCCCUGUCAUUCUAACAGAAUAAUAGACAGAUUGGCAUAGUAAGAGUGUAACGGCUUGAGAGUUACAGCUCUCUCAGCUCUCUCUCUGACGUUUACUAUUUGGGUGUUAAUACUCCACGAGGGGAGGUCUGGAAACUACUGCCCUCAUUUUUGCCUGAGAUAGGGGACCAAUCACAGAACGGGGAAAGCAAGCCGAUAUGAGCAAAGCGCAGACACAUUUGAUAGACAUCUGUGGCGCCCAAAGAACGGAUCUGGGCAUUUUUUUCAAAUACGAGAAAAUUAACGUCUGGUUGCCAGACCACGUCUCAUUUGAGAAGUGGUAGGCGCUCUAGCCAGCCCUGUGUUUAGGCUUUUUGGCCUUGAAAGGAGAAAUGUGCUCGCACAGUUCUGGACUACUUCAAGAAUCUCCACAGAGAGCUGCAGCUGUUCACUGGGUGUUUAGGAUCAUUAUCACUGAGUUACACAAGUCUGAAUUUGGGAAAGUACUCCAGCUAAAAUGUUAAUCUUUCUGACUCAUGGGUUCUGUGUACGUGUGUCACGCCAUCCUGGAUGUGAUUUUGUUCUGCUUUGAGAUUGUCUGGUAAAGGCAAUCUUUAUGGUAUGUAAAGUAUGUAAAGUUGUAUCGUAUCGUAUGUCUGAGUGUAUAAAGUUGUAUUGUAUCGUAUGUCUGAGUGCAGUUUGUGGUGUUUUAAUUCCUACUUUUUAAACACUGUUUAAGUGCCCUUCUAUGCUUAUAUUUGCUAUUCCUGUUUCAUGGUGUUUAUGUAACGCACAUUGAAUGACCUCUGUAUGAAAUGCGCUAUAUAAAUAAAGUUGACUUGACUUGA